GCGUACGCUUGAGUACAACUUAGUAACGAGCUGCUGUCUGCAUCAUGAAAAGUGAAUCUUUUGUUGCGGCACUAUUUGCCGCAUCGUUUGUUGCAUUAAUAAAUGCCACACCCUUGCUCCAGCCAAGGGCUGGCGAAGCCACUUGCGGAUAUGAGUCCUGUCCUGCAAUAAAUCCAAAUUUACUUAACGUUCACUUCGUGCCUCAUACACACGAUGAUGUUGGAUGGUUGAAGACCGCCGAUCAAUAUUACUAUGGAAGCCGCGGGAACAUUCAAAAAGCCAGUGUACAAUAUAUCAUUGAUACUGUCAUUGAAGGCCUGCUCCAAGACCCAUCCCGAAAAUUCGUUUACGUCGAAUCUGCUUUCUUUUCGAAAUGGUGGGACGAGCAAAACGACGCCAAAAAGGAAGAAGUUAAAAUGUUGGUUAAUGAAGGCCGAUUGGAAUUCAUCGGCGGGGCAUGGUCAAUGAACGAUGAAGCCGCGUCGCAUUAUCAAAGUCUUGUUGAUCAAUUCACGUGGGGUUUGAGUUUUUUGAAUGACAAUUUCGGCGAAUGUGGACGUCCAAGAGUGGGUUGGCAAAUCGAUCCGUUUGGACAUUCGCGUGAACAAGCAUCGCUGUUUACUAAAAUGGGCUACGACGGAAUGUUUUUUUCACGAUUGGAUUGGCGUGACAAAUCGAAACGAUCAACUGAUAAAACGAUGGAAAUGAUCUGGCAGUCAAGCGAGAACUUGGACGACUCGGACCUACUGACUGGCGUCCUGUUUAAUCAUUACAGUCCUCCACCAGGAUUCUGUUUUGAUGUUCUCUGCAAUGAUGAACCGUUGAUUGACGCAGGGGCAGAUUACAAUAUCGAACGAAGGGUUGAAGAAUUUGCCAAUUUCACAAAGCGCCAAGCUGCCAGUUAUCGCACCAAUAAUAUAAUUCUCACCUUUGGCGACGACUUCCAUUACAUGUCCGCUCAAAUGUGGUUCAAAAAUUUGGACAAGCUUAUCAAAUACACCAACGAACGACAAAGUGAAUAUCAGAUUAACGCUUUUUAUUCGACGCCAUCCUGUUAUCUAAAGGCGUUGCACGAUGCCAAUAUUGAGUGGCCCACGAAAACCGACGAUUUCUUUCCAUUGGGCAAUGAUCCCCACACAUACUGGACUGGCUAUUAUACAUCACGACCGACAUCGAAACGUUUCGAGCGGAUGGGAAAUCACUUUUUGCAGGUUUCCAAGAAACUGUCAGCAUCGGCCACUACACCCGAACAACAAUAUGAGGAGAAUUUGGUGCAAUUGAAAAGUCAGAUGGGAGUAAUGCAGCACCACGAUGCCAUAACAGGGACCGAGAAGCAGCAUGUUGCCGACGAUUAUCACAGAGAACUCUAUUCGUCGAUUAUUGCUUGCCAAGAAAACACUAAAUCUGCUCUGAAUCAAUUACUCACCGGAAUGAAACCAUCUGAGACAUCAGUCCCUACAAAUUGGGAGUUUAGCUUUAAUUCUUGUUUGAAUUUGAACAUAAGCCAAUGUGCUGUGUCAGAGGAUUCGGAGAAAUUCAUGGUGACUGCAUACAAUCCAUUAGGCCAUUCAACCGAUCAGUUUGUACGGUUUCCUGUUAGCGGCCAACGCUACGAAGUUCGAGACGCAAGUAACAACGUGAUUCCCUCACAAUUGGUACCAAUACCACAGUCAAUCAUAGACUUGCCACACAGAGAAGGCACCAGCAGAAAUGAACUAGUUUUUUACGCCAAAGACGUUCCAGCAGUUGGUUACCGGUCUUAUUUUGUCUCCCGUCUUGCUGCAACUCAAUCAGCCAGUAGAAAUAAGCGAUUAGCCGAACCAGUGACCAUCGGUUCAGACCAAUUGUCGGUAACAUUUAACAUAGAUGGACUAAUGUCGUCGAUAACAGUCGAUGGAGAGACGCAUAAUUUAACUCAAAAUUUCAUAUUCUAUCGUGGAAACGUUGGAAAUAAUCAAAUUUUUGCUAACCGAUCAUCGGGAGCAUAUAUAUUCCGACCUGAUCCAGAAACCAGCGAAGAAAUUGUCGGAACUGAUGUAUCGGUCGAAGUAGUUAGAGGCGAUUUGUUUGAUGAAGCUCAUCAAGUGUUUAACGAAUACAUUAGCCAAGUGGUGAGAGUGUACAAAACGGGAACUUUUAGUCAACAAGUCGUAGAAUUCGAAUGGCUUGUUGGUCCAAUUUCGAUUGAAGAUGGAUAUGGAAAGGAAAUCGUUUCGAGAUUUUAUUCGGAUAUUAAGAGUGGACAAAGCUUUUACACGGACGCAAAUGGACGUGAAAUCCUAAGACGAACCAUCGACUUCCGAGAGACUUUUGACUUUGACAACGAGGAAAAGAUAUCUGGAAAUUACUAUCCGAUCAAUUCAAACAUUGCCGUAGAGGACGAUGAUUUAAGAAUGGCCGUCCUUCCAGAUCGAGCUCAAGGUGGAUCAAGUUUGAGUGAAGGCGCUUUGGAGCUAAUGGUACACCGUAGAUUGCUAAACGAUGACGCUUUCGGGGUAGGUGAAGCCUUAAAUGAACAAGAAUAUGGCCGAGGUCUAGUGGCUCGCGGUAAACAUUGGUUAGUGUUUGGCAAGAAAAGCGGUUCGCAGCCAACUCGAAAAGCUUUGGAAAGGUUACAGCAAAAUGAAGCGUUGAUGACAAAUUGGCUGUUCUUUGAUGAUGUUUCUAGUAUGAGCUUCAGUGAUUGGUCAGAAAAGUACACGCACAGUUACUCGGCUGUCGGCAAGGAGCUUCCUUCCCAUAUUUACCUGAUGACAUACGAACCGUGGAAGAAAGAUGAAUAUUUAAUCCGAUUUGAACACAUCAUGGACAAAGCCGACGAUCCAGAGCUCUCACUUCCGUACAGUUUCGAUAUUUCCGAAAUCUUCCCUGGCAAUUUCCAAUUCACUGAAAUGAACCUGGCCGCCAACCAACGAAUUGAAGAAGUGAAUCGGCUCCACUUCCGACCAGAGGGCAGUCAAGCAACAAAUGAACAUUUUACUCCAUCGAAAUCUGUGAAGGCAUUGUCGGAUCUGACGAUAACUUUGAACCCGAUGCAAAUUAAAACUUUCAUAAUGUCACCAUCAGUGACAACGACGCCUGCACAAACACUUCAGCCCACUACUGCGCCUACUGCCGCUUCAACUACUGCCCCUACUGAUGCGCCCACCUCUGCACCUUCCGGUGCUGGAGUCAUUUCACAGAAUCUUUUUAAGUUUAUUCUACUUAUAGUUUUGGCAGUGAAUGCGAAAAUUAUUUUCUAAAUUUUCUGUGCAAUAAAUUCGAAGUCUUGUUGAAGG